AUGGCGCUGGAGAUGGGAGGAAUGGUGAUGGUGAUCUCUGUUGAAGGAAUGAUGGCCAAUGAUUCCAUCAGUGGCCCCUUCCCUGCCUCCUCCCACCGAUGUCACCACAAACAGAAGCACUGUCUGCCAGCGCCCCCGGGGGGCAGCCUCCCGGCCACUCCACUCCUCUUCCACCCACACACCAAGGGCUCCCAGAUCCUCAUGGACCUCAGCCACAAAGCUGUCAAGCGGCAGGCUAGCUUCUGUAACGCCAUCACCUUCAGCAACCGGCCUGUCCUCAUCUAUGAACAAGUCAGGCUAAAGAUCACCAAGAAGCAAUGCUGCUGGAGUGGGGCUCUCCGGCUGGGGUUCACCUGCAAGGAUCCUUCACGAAUUAACCCAGACACGCUGCCCAAGUAUGCCUGUCCCGACCUGGUGUCCCAGAGUGGCUUCUGGGCUAAGGCAUUACCUGAGGAGUACGCUAAUGAGGGCAACAUCAUUGCCUUCUGGGUAGACAAGAAGGGCCGUGUAUUCUACCGGGUCAAUGACUCUGCCGCCAUGCUGUUCUUCAGUGGUGUCCGAACUGCCGAUCCCCUGUGGGCCCUGGUUGAUGUCUAUGGCCUCACGAGGGGUGUCCAGCUGCUCG